CUUCACUUCUAAUUAUAAUAUUAAUUUCAUCCUCUCUCUCUCUCUCUCUCUCUUUUUCUUCUUCUCCUUUUCCUUUCCUUUCCCUUUUUUUGGUCUCCUCCCAUUCCUUAAGUCUCCUUGGGUUGGAAUAAAACAUCCUCCUUCCCCUCCUACUUGUCUUCACGCCAUGGAUCCUCUCUCCUCACUACGUCAACUCAUCCAAACCCAUCCCUUAAUCGAUAAUCACGCACAUAAUCUCCUUUCUCAGUCUGCAGCUAGCGAUUAUACAAAGUAUCCAUUUGAACAGAUUAUCUCUGAAGCUCAAGGAGUCGCUCUCUCCAAUGCUACAUCCACAUUACCUUUUCAUCGCGCUGCCGUCCAGCUUGCCUCCCUCUAUCAAAGCUCCUCAUCCGAUUGGGACCAGUUGAAGGCGGCCCGGAACCAAUGGGUCCGGCGUGACUAUGAGGACCUUGUCCGCCAGUGCCUGGAGGGGACCCAUACCCUGCUACUCGACGAUCUGCUGACGGACCAGGAUGUUGAGCCUUUCAAUUGGCAUGAUCGCUUCACCGUAUCAUGCACUAAGCGCAUUGUCCGCAUUGAGGCGGUGGCCGCUCAAAUCUUAUCCUCCCUUGUGCGGAACACAUCAAUCCCACUGCAUUCCGCAGACCUCUCUGCUUUCCAGCCUCUCUGGGAGAGCUUUGCCCAAGAGUUUCAUCUCCGGAUCUCCGAAGCUAUCCACGACCCCGCGGUAGUGGGGUUUAAGUCGGUUAUAUGUUACCGCACUGGGUUAAAUGUUCAGCCAACUGAUGACGAUGAUACUGGACCAGUGCUUCACUCGUUCGUACGCACUAUCUCCCAAGCGACCAUCUCCACUUGCCGCGUAGAAGAUAAGCCGCUUAAUGACUGGCUGGUUCGUCAAACCCUCAAUCUGCUCAAAUCGGCCGAGACCACUCAGCCAAAUAAACCCAUUCAGCUGCAUACUGGUUUAGGUGAUAACGACAUUAAUCUACUCCGCUCUAACCCUGCUCACCUGCAAGCCCUGAUUGCCCAGUAUCCCGAGGUUGAUUUUGUUUUGCUGCAUUCGUCUUAUCCGUACACUCGUGAAGCCGGUUACCUGGCGUGCGUUUAUCCUAAUGUCUACUUAGACCUCGGAGAGGUCUUCCCCAUGGUGAGUCGAGAUGCACAGGAGUCCAUCAUCCGAGAGAGUCUUGAGAUUGUUCCUACAACGCGCUUGCUGUGGAGCACGGACGGCCAUUUCUUCCCAGAGACAUUCUGGCUUGCCAACAAACAGUUCCGUGAUGCGUUAGAAAAGAUUUUUGUGGAAUACGUCCAAAAUGGUGAUUACACUGUUGGGCAAGCUAAAAAAGCUGCAGUAGACAUUCUCUUCUACAAUUCUAACAAGUUAUAUGAUCUUCACGAGAAUCUCCAUUUCGAUGGACCUGCGUCUGGAUCAUUGGCUAGCCCCCUGUCGCAUACCUCGUCUGCGGAUGCAUUUGAGGUGUUUAUGAGGAGUAACCCGGAUGUCAAAUAUAUUUGGAUGCAAUUCAUCGACCCUACAGCGCUCGUUCGGUUGCGUAUCUUCCCUAUCUUGGAGUUCGCUAAGAUUGUCCGCAAGCAGCGCCGGAUUGGUAUCUGUAUGGCGGUUCUUUGGAUGCUGCAGGACGACAUGGUAGUCGGAGGUUCUACUACUGGCCAGUUCUACAUGACUCCGGAUUUAUCAAGUCUUCGCCGAAAUGUUGGAAUCAACUCAAAAAGCGCUACUGUGAUGACCUGGUGGCGGACCGAAGAGGACCAACCCCUGGAGGGAUGUCCCCGCACUACUCUGCUCAAAAUAGCCAACAAACUCCGCGACGAGUUCGGUAUCGAGGCCACCUGCGGCUUUGAAGUGGAAGUCGUCUUUUUAAAGUCUGUUAUCGACCCCGAAACCGGCAAAGAAGAUUAUGUACCUAGUGCUACAAACCACUCGUGGUCUCAGAUGACCCAGGAAACACGCCGCCUGGUCCCGCUACUCGAAGAGAUCGCCGAGACUCUCGCCUCUGUUGGGAUCAAUCUUGAACAAUUCCACUCUGAAUCCGCUCCGGGCCAAUUCGAAUUCAUCCUCCCACCGGGCUCACCCGUCGCUGCAGUCGAUAUGCUUAUCACAGUCCGACAAGUAAUAACCUGCGUCGCAGAGCAGCACGGCAUUCGGGCCACCCUCCACCCACGCCCCUACUCCAACGCUGCUGGCACAGCUUCCCACGCACACAUCUCCAUCUCCCCACCUACAAAAGAAGACUCCUUCCUGGCUGGCGUACUCGAAAACUACCCAGCUCUGGUGGCCUUUACCCUCUCCGGGGACGCCAGCUACGAGCGCGUUAUGUCCGGCAUCUGGUCCGGAAGCGAAUGGGUCACCUGGGGCACUCAAAACCGCGAGGCUCCAAUCCGAAAGAUCUCCCUAGGUCACUGGGAAAUCAAGUCUCUAGAUGGACUGGCCAACAUGUACUUCGCAAUGGCUGCCUUCCUUGCUGCAGGAUACUCCGGUGUCAAGGAAAAUAGACCGCUAACCGUUAAGGACUGUGCAUAUGACGCAGCUACCCUCAACGAUGCCCAGCGUGCCUCCCUAGGUAUCACGACUAAACUCCCGAAUACCCUUUCCAAGAGUCUUGAUGCUCUAGCCUCCAACAAAACUAUGCAGGAUAUCCUCGGUGCAGAUGUAGUAACGAACUACAUUAUUGUGAAACGAGCUGAGAGUGCGAAACUCAGAGCCAUGGAUGAGAACACGCGACGGAAAUGGCUAAUAGAGCGAUACUAAUGCAUAUUUAUAGACUACUAACUCUCUCCCUCUCCAUUUUAGCCUCUGUUAUGAUGCUCUGCAGAUAAAUACGGUUUCUGCACUACCUCCACUGUCACCACAUAAUAAUAUCUAAAUAACC